GCGUCUCAUGGGGUGGGCUGAACAGUGAGUCUUUACGGGAAUAUUGUGGCGUCGGAUUAUUUCGUUUCGAGGGGAUUUAUUUGUAGAUGUGAGUUCAUACUUUGGAGUGGUGUUUUGUGAUACCAGUGCUUGUGCGUGCAAGGAAUAUCAUCUCGAUAUCUCUGUUGGCCCGGAGUUGAUUAUUUCGCCUCCGCUGUUUUUUUUUCUUUUUGGAUUUUCCAAUAAUUUUUAUCUUCACAUCUGAGGUUUAUUAGCUGGGGCUUCGGGUGUCGUCUUCACACGCCACGCAGGCAUUCACGACGUUUUUAUAUUGUGAUAUAAUCGCUGAUGAGUGUCAUUGUUCAAAUCUUUUGCGUAUCGAGCUCCGAGAUUUUCAGAUUUCAAGAUCCCUAUUGGCAUGGAGCUGGGAGCGCACUGAUAGUGAUAGUCUAUGAGAUCUUGGUUUCUAUGCAUUGCCUGCCAAAGAAGAACUGAGCCCAAUGUUUCCACACAAUUCUAGUUCACAUGAGAUUUCUACCGAAACAAAUGCCUUCGUACAAAAUUCCAAGGGGGAUGUAGUAGUAUUAGAGGAAAGCAGUCUGAGUGGGGCGCGGGAAGGGGAACGACCAGAGCAUGCUAGGUACUGUGAUAUCGAAUUCAUAAACAGCAGCAUGAUGGCAGCACCUACCAGCCACCCCAAAGCUACCGCCGCCAAUGACUUCUUAACCGUCCUGCCACGCCAAUCUGGUGAGCUCAGCUUUGCCGAUGGAGGUGAGGCCUGCCAGUCAGUGGCACCAGAAACCACAAAAAAUCCAACAAAUCACCUUCUAACCUAUGAUAAUAAUGAUAAAAUAAAUAACCACAACAAUGCAGAACAUAAUCAUCACAAGUACAGAAAGCAAAAUACACCGGGCUCGCUUGGUAAACUGGGCAGCUCAGCCGAUAACUCUAAGUCUACGUGUAAGCUGUUAAGUGAUAAUAAGGAUAGCUUUAGCGUUAUAAGCAUUAGGGUACUAAUGUUAAGUGUACGUUUAAAUGAUACGAUAGGCGUUGAUUGUUGUACCGCUGGGGUACCUAGCCUAGUUAGGAUACCCAAGUCUGAUUGCCCCCAGCGGCUGCUUUAUCGCGCCAACCUUGUCGACAAUUACUCCUUACUAGGGUCCCGCCUUCACCACGGCGAAAACAAUAACGUUAAGGCUAAUAUUAGGAUGAUAAGUAAUAAUAACUCAAAGUCUGUGAUAUUGCUCAGCUCAAAAAGUUACGGUGACUAUUACAAUCUAGAUGUUACUGGCGAUGCAUUCGUUGGUAUUAACGCUGUUGGAAUCCCGGUUAUUUUAGUUAAUAAUGAUACGAUUAACGGUAACCGAUUAAAUCGUGUUAAUACAAUUGGUAAUAUAUCAUCAGUAGUUACCAGUAAUAUGAUUGGUGGAAUUAAAGACAUUGGCCUUUACAAUUCAAAAAUUGUCAAUCAAACGUCAAAUGUCCAGGAUUGCAAUCAGAGUAUUUGUAAUAUGAUGAAGUACGCUUCCCAAUUAUCUCACGAUUUUAAUGACAACGGGAAUAAAUCGGUAUUGCUGUAUCGUGCUCACAAAUUAACGGCUAUGAAUAAUGCCAGUUCUUCCAUUACGCUUAUCGUUUCCAAAAACGAAUUCACCGACCACGUUAUUGAUAAUUUACAAUCUCUCAUUGAUGAUGAUAAUCUCACUCAAGUCCGAGCAUUGUCUCCUGUUACUUCUCAAUAUUAUCAACAAUUACUGUCGCACGUCACCGUUAACAAGCUGACGCAACGCAUAUGUGUUCCAUUAUUGAUUAAGAGUAAGGGUUACGAUAAAAACAACAACGUUGCUAAUAAUAGUGAUUAUUGUAACAUUAUUGAUGAUACUGAAGGGUCUGAUGAAAUGAUAUUUCAUCGUGUUAAUCACAAUAUUUAUUGCGAUAAAGUCGAUGAUAAUACUACGAUGAAUGUUAAUGGUAACAAUAAUCCAGAUGUUAUCGAUGACAUUGUUAACGUCGCUGUGUGCUACAAGACUAGUUGUAUAAUGACUACUAAUGUUAGUAUGUUAGGGUCUCAAAAUGAUGGUAUUAGCCGUACCGAAGCAACAAUAUUUACUGUUGGUGCUCUUUCAUUUCAGGAUAACGAUAAGUCUAACAAGCCUCUAAAUGAUAGUUAUAAGAUUAAUAAGUAUCAAGUGUCUACUAAGAUUGGUCUUGAAUCUAACUCUAACAUUAAGUCAGUAUCUAAGUUUAUGCUGUCGGUUAAGUACAGCGAUAAGUCUGAAACGUCUCAUCAAGCUCGACAUGACGUGUCUGAUGUACAGCGAGUUAAACGUGUCAGAUCAUCUGUCAACAUUCCUACACUUACUACCUGCGAGCCUACGAUGACGCUUAAAAGCCAAUCAGCCACCGUCACAUCCCAAACUGAAACAGUACCUGUUAUAUCUCGUGUCGUUAUCGAGAAUAUAUCCAAGUGCGUGAGCCCAACAAUAUUCACCACUCAGAAUCAGUCAAUCAAUUCCUCAAACAAUUUCAACGAGCAAAUAUCCAACAUUGAGAUGAACUCGACGAUUUAUAACGAACAAGUGAAUGAAUAUAUCAACGAACGUGAUAAUGCUGAUGCAAGGCCAUUAACUCGUAAUUGGGCAAGACUGAUCGCAUACGUUCGUGCUCUCAUUCCUGCUUGUCAUGAGGCGUACAAAAACAACGAGAGCAACUGCGAAAGCCAACGUAAUGAGCUCAAGAAGGUCCUGCACAGUUUAUUCGGUGACAGUACGAUUAAACAUACUCAGAGUGAUCCAAUUAAUGACUACAAAAAACGCUGGGGUAUACCGAUUAUUCUAUCCCUAGCUGGUGGUGGUGAGAGUUCACUUAACACCGGUGGUGGUACUAAUUGGGGCUCAGCUCAAGCAACAACACCAAAUAACAACAAUCCCAAUUCAUCGGGCUGGGGUGCUACACCCGGUAAUGUCCCACCACCAUCAUCAAACUGGGGUACAACAAAUGUCAAUCGUCCAGUCACUGGUAAUCCAAAUCAAAAUCAGAAUCAAGGACCACCGGGAAAUCAAACAAACUCAUCAGCUGUGAAUAAAGCCAACAAUCCAAAUGUAGCAGCCAACUCGCAAACUGGACCACCAACAUCUCAGCCAGCUAAUCCAACUCAACAAAAUCCAAAUGGCCCUUGGCCCCAGGGAAAACCCAACAACUCAGUAGGGCCAGGAUCUAAUCAGUCAGCUUCUAAUAAUAACGGAAAUAACGUCCAGCAGACACCACCAUCUGGUGGCCCACCGGGUACCAAUGCUAAUAAUAAUCAGAGCAAUUCCCCGCAGAGCAGUGCAGCAUCGACAAACAGCAGCAGCGGCACUACCCCACCAACUAUGGCCCCAAAUCCAUCAACGAAACUUCAAUUGGAGCAACUCAAUACCAUGAGAGAAGCCCUUUUCAGUCAGGACGGCUGGGGCUGUCAGCAUGUGAAUCAGGAUACCAAUUGGGAUGUGCCAGCAUCGCCAGAGCCAAUCAUGAAUAAAGACGGUGUUCCCAUGUGGAAGCCGCCGGUGAACAAUGGUACUGAUUUGUGGGAGGCUAAUCUGCGCAAUGGAGGCCAACCACCACCACCACAACAAGCGAAAACACCCUGGGGUCACACACCAUCGACAAACAUUGGUGGUACAUGGGGUGAAGACGACGAGACCGCUGAUUCAUCCAAUAUGUGGACAGGUGCACCAACACCCACUCAACCAAACACACCUCAAUGGGCAGGUGCCACUGGCAAUCAGACGGCAUCAAACUGGGGAGACCCGAGGAUUGAUCCACGUGAUCCGAGAGACAUCAGAUCCGUUGAUCCACGAGAGAUGCGGGACCCACGAGAUCAUCGCAUGUCCAUGGAUCCUAGGGAGCAUCUGCGUCCCAUGGACCCCAUGGCAAGAGAUCCAAGAAUGGCGGAUAUGCGUGGAGAUAUUCGAGGAGGUGUUUCCGGACGUUUGAAUGGAGCCAGUGCUGACGCUAUGUGGGGACAACCACCAGGACCACCGCAUCAUCAGAUGGGUCAUCAACAUCCUUCAGGACCGCCUGCUAAGAUGCUCAACGCAUCCAGUAUGAAUCAGUGGGCAGCACCACCACCAAAAGAGAUGAUGCCUGGCAAACCCUCCGGCUGGGAGGAACCCUCACCACCAGCCCAACGCAGAAAUGUACCGAAUUACGACGAUGGGACGAGCCUCUGGGGUAAUCCAGCUGCUAAUCAGCGACCAAUGACUGGGAGUAAAGUGUCCCACUGGAAAGACAUACCUUCGCAAAAUUUGGGAAGGGGAGGAAUGCAGUGCCCACCUGGAAUGCCACAGAAUCGCAUGCCUGGUCAGCCGAUGAAACCAGAUGUUGGAGGGCCUAUGUGGGGACAUCCAGGAGCACCUGGUGGUCGCAAUGGAUCGUGGGGUGAGGGACCGCACGAGACUACCAACUGGGAUGAGCCUAAAACUCCUGCUUCGUGGAACGAACCACCACUCAAUCCUGCCUCUUGGGGCGGGCCUCCUGGGCACAAGUCUAAGGCCAUGGUGCCUACUGGCAGUUGGGGAGAGGCUGAUAUGGAGCCACCUAGCUGGGGACACCCCAGCAAACCAGCACUCACUAAGGAAUUUAUUUGGAAUAGCAGGGAGUUCCGCUAUCUUUGUGAUUUGGGAUACAAGAAGGAAGAUGUGGAAACAGCUCUCAGAAAGCGUGACAUGAAUCGCGACGAAGCCCUCGAGCUCCUUCAACUACGUUCACUAGACUGGCGUCGUCAUGAUGCCCCAUCCGGUUACGAUCCAACUAACCCAUCAUCCAUGUCUAGUGCAUAUCCAAAAUUCAGUCACGUUGCUCAGCAAAUGUCCUUCCCACAGGGCGAGUGCUUGGGUGUGCGGCCUAGCGGGGCAGCAAGUGGCAGCGUAAGUGGUUCGGUGGCCAGUGCCAGCCUCUUGAAGCUCCAGCAGCAGCAACAGCAACAGGCGGCAGUACAAAUGCAACCACCACCACAGCAAAACACCAAUCCUCCGCAGCCGCCUUUUAACCAGGCGUCGAAAACACCACAAAACCCCCCGAGCGCCCAGCAACUACGAAUGCUCGUCCAGCAGAUACAACUAGCCGUCCAGGAGGGCUAUCUCAAUCAGCAGAUACUAAAUCAACCCCUGGCCCCGCACACCUUGAUUCUGCUGAAUCAAUUGCUCCAACAAAUCAAAAUUCUCCAGCAGCUACUCCAGCAUCAUUCAUUACAGAGUUCGGUCAAGAUAAACAGCCAGACUGUUCUACAAAUCAGUGUUCAGAUAACAAAGACGAAGCAACAAAUUGCUAAUCUUCAGAAUCAAAUAGCUGUUCAACAGGCAACGUACAUGAAACAACAGGCACAACAGCAACAACAGCAUCCCAUACCUUCCCAAUCGUCCGAUUAUUACAAGACUUCGGUUCACGAUCCAAUGUCAGCUAUUCAAAACAGUUUUAGCGAUUUAACAAUGAACAAAGAGCCACCAGUGUGUCAGCAACAGUCGAGAUUGAAUCAAUGGAAGCUUCCCUCAAUCGACAAAGACGUUGACAUUACUGGUAAUGAAUUUUCACGUGCACCGGGAACAACGAGCAAACCACCCCAGGCACCAGGCGGCUUGAGCCAUACACACAGCAGUCCAAACAUGAAUCCACUGCUGGGACAGGCUGAUGGCACAUGGUCAACGAGACUCGGUGACAGUGGAUGGCCAGAUGCUGGUAACAAUGAUGCAACUGAUGGAAAGGAUUGGCAGCCAGGCAGCGCUGCAUUCACUGAUCUAGUCCCCGAGUUCGAGCCUGGCAAACCAUGGAAGGGCACUCAGAUGAAGAACAUCGAGGAUGAUCCCAGUAUUACUCCAGGCUCAGUUGUCAGAUCAUUGUCACUAGCUGCCAUCAAGGAUCCUGAUACGAUAUUUUCGUCGAGCUCCAAGACAUCACCACCACCUCAGUCACAAAAUGUUGACACCUCAAUUCCUAGUCUGAGUAACUCUACGUGGAGUUUUAAUCCACCUGCAACGACACCCAGCGCAUUCUCAAGCUCUAAAAAUACCUGGACAGACUCAGCACCACCCCCAACCGCAGUAACAUCCGAACUUUGGGGUGCACCAAUGAACAAAGCUCGUCAGGGUCCACCACCUGGACUCAGCAGCAAAGGUGUAGGAAAUACAAGCAAUGGCUGGGCUGGACUAGGUGGAGUUAGUCGGCCUUCCAGUUCAUGGGGUCUCCAAUCAGGUGGUGGAGGCGCUGGUGGUGGCGGAGGUGGCAGCAAUGCCGGAUGGCUUGUUGGUGGUACAUGGUUAUUACUCAAGAAUCUGACACCCCAGAUCGAUGGCUCGACAUUAAAAACACUGUGCAUGCAGCACGGACCUGUUCAAGAUUUUCGUCUGUACCUGAAUCAUGGAAUUGCACUUACUAAAUACUCUUCACGAGAUGAGUCUAGCAAGGCUCAAGGUGCUCUAAACAAUUGUGUCCUCGGUAACACUACAAUAUUCGCCGAAUCUCCAGCAGACAGCGAGGUUCACACCCUUCUCCAGCAGUUGAGCCACGGUGGUCAGCAGCAGACAAGCAGCUCUGGGGGCAGUGGCUGGGGUCUACGGCCCUCCAAUAAAGCAGGACCACCACCCGACACCUGGGGCGGCAGCUCCAGUCAGCUUUGGGGCGCUCCACCCACCACAAACUCCCUCUGGAGCAACUCUGGAAUUGACAGCGGUGAAGCGCAAAGGACAACACCAAGCUCCCUCAACUCGUACUUACCCGGAGAUCUUCUGGGAGGUGAGUCGAUGUAGAGCGGAAAAACCGGGCAUCGAGUUCAACGGCCCAUGACGUUUAGCCAGUGUUAAUAGGCUCUUGUGACGAUUAAAAGCCAUCAGGCAUCAAUAAUCAAUCUUCAUCGAUCGUAAAUAAUGAAACUAAAGUUCGAGCUCGUCAACGCCAGCAAAACUUGUUUCGUUCUUAUUUAUCUUCCUGACUUUAUUUAGCCUUCGUAAUAGGGACAAAAAUGAAAUACAAUAAACUGAAUGAAUAAUUGCCUACUUAGCAAAAUCACUUAGGUAUUUCAAUGAAAAUUGUUAAAAUAAAAACGGCAGCGCGACAUCCGAGCACACAUUGACGCUAGAAUUUGAAUGAUUAUAAAUGUCGAUUGAGUCUUCUCGAAAAUGUCAAUUAACGUUAAUGAUAAUGAUGAUUAUCGGAACGAGUUACUUAAUAAAAAGACAAACAAAAUAAUUUAGAAAUUUAACAAUGAAACAAACAAACAAUUCUCGUGCCCGUAUGGUCACAAUGAAUGGAGAACAGCCAAACGAUCUUACUGCGAUAAACCAACAAAUGAUAAAAAAAAAUUAAAAACCACAGUAAAUUAAACUGAGAGACACAAUGUUUCAAGUAAAGAUACGGAAAAUAAAGUUUAAUCAUUUGAUAAUAUCCGACCGGUUAUCUCGAAGACCAUCGAAUCGGGUUCAAGUGCGCAUGAACAUCAGCUCCUCCUCCCCCCUUACCACCAACUCCAAUGGAAGCUCUCUGUCGCACCCAAACACAGAUAGUUGUGAGUUGAGCUAGGAUUUUUAUCAACAAAACUUUUGACAUGAAUUACGGAAUUGCGAUGAAAGAUAAGAGAAUAAAACGAGCAGAACCACUUGAUUACCUCAAUUCUUGUAACUCUCGCGCACAAUCAUGCGACUGUGUUACACGACGAUAAUUUUCAAAAGGAACUAAGAGAACAAUUAUGUCAGUAAAAAAUUUAGAAACAUGUAUUUCAACCCAGUUUCCGUAAUUCAGUCUGAAUCAUUGCAGAAUAAGAGCAAAACAAAUACACAAAUAAUUAAAAACGUAAAGUAAAGUAAACCCAAGGCCAAAGGUCUCUGAUCGUGUCGGGGAGUGUUCCAUUUUUUGCUGGACAGUUUGAAGACUGCAGCGAGUAUCAAACUUAGACUGUACCAAUCUAAUCAAAAGAAUGAAAUCUUAAAAAAAAAAUAAUGAAAAAAUAAAAAAUAAAGCAUUGACGUCGCUGCCCGCCGUCCUGCCGAGAGUUAAGUGGGAAAAUAUGUAGAACGAAUAUCGCAAAACACUGAAAAUCAAGGGGAAAUACAUUUUUAAAUAAUACGGGCUGGCCGGGCAACGACACAACGAUACCAAAUGUUAUCGCAAUAACGUAAAUUUUAUUCUAUAUUAAAUCUAAAUGCCACCUGUCGUGCCAAUGUCCAGUGUGUCUCUGUACCAUUUAUUAAUGUAGAGUUUAAAAAACGAUUGACGAAGCGAAAAAAAACGAGAAAAGGACAAAAAAAAACAAAACUUAUUAUAAAUAGUAUAAUUAAUAAUUAAAUAAAGAUAUCGCAUGAGGGAGUUGAGAAUAGGGAAACAACAAAAUCACAUUUUAAUUCGAGUCAAGUCGUGGUGGCAUUAAGUACUGGCCGGUAUUAGCGUUAUGCCUCCUUGUGAUAACGAAUAACUGUGGGGAACGAUCGGGGGUGGGCACAUUUUCACGGCAACUGUCUCAUUAACGGCCAUUUCCUCGUAAGCAGAGUGGAAAAAAAAUUUUAAUUAAACAAAAAAAAGUGAAAAAAAACGUUGUUUAAAGUUUAAAAAGAGACAAAUUGAAGAUGAAUGAAGGAGAAAACUCGUGAGAGCUAUGAGACCACCAACAAAUGGUUGGUUAGCAUGAACAAGUUUUUUUUCCAACGUCGAAGGUACCUGAUGGACUGAAAACCAAACGACGACCGAGCAAAAAUAUAAAAAAAAAUGGAUAGUACCCUUUUUUUUUUCAAUUUAUCUGCGAGCUUUUUCCUUUAAUAAUCGACAAUGGAAAACGAAUGGCAUCGCGUAGCGCAAUAAUUGAGGAUUGAUUACAAUGAGUAAUAACGUAAAUAUAAAUGUAACAUUGAAAUCAACAAUCAACAUUAACCGAGAGAACGUAAAUAAAAAUAAUAUGUAUAAACGGGAGAAACACUCUUGACGUAUGUGAAUUUGCGCGAAUAAAUUAACGGGUCACGAACAUUAACAAGAGUGAAUUAACAUCGCACUGACGAUAAUUUUCCGAGUGACCCGCUGACCUAGGAGAGAAACUACAUAAUUAUAAAGUUAACUGUAAACCUCGGAAUAUCUAUAAGCGAAUUUUAAUGUUUAAGAAUUGAGAGAUAGAAACAUUCAUGAUAAUAGCAAGUUGUAAGAUGUUUACGGAAUAGAGUGACUGCGGAAAAAAGAUUAUAUGACGUGGGUGGGUUUUUUUGGGGGGGAAGGGAGGGAUGAUGACAACACGAAAACACGCUUAUCUAACAAUACAACGUCGACGUAAAUGGUUUCUUUAUAUACAUAUGUAAAUUUAUAAUGGGUAACAUAUUGCACACGAAUUCGUGAGAAUGAGAAAUAAAAUAAUCAUGUUUUACUUAAUUGAUAGGCCGAGUGUAUGAUUAGGUGGGGGAAUUUAAAAGACGAGCGUACUAACUCCUAGAGGCCCAUGGACGCGUAAUAAUCAUUAUUUAACUGCAAUUAUUUUGUUUCCCAAUUUUUUUCCCAUUUUGUUGAAAUGAUGGUGGUAAGAAUAUUUCAAUGUUAAUGCCCUGGUAUUCAACGGACGUAGACUUAAGGAUUUAUCGAAGGGAUAAGUGUUUUAGUCGGUAUUUAAGGUGUGAGGUAUGUAUAGUUGCCCGGUCGAGGCGCGAUUUAUUGACGGGUAAAGAUUUUAUUAUCGCAUUAGAUCGAAAUUACGUAGUGCUGAAGGACAAAACAUAACGACUCUGAAUUUAUUAGUCAGAAUUGUUCCUCUUACUUGGCAUUUAACUUCGGGCUGUCGUGAAUUUUUAAUCACCAAUUCAAUUUUUUUUCUUAUUUUAUGUAUCGCCUAUCGGUUUGAUAUUGCGGGAGACAAUUAUUGUGUUCGUAGAGGAAAAAUUUUCCGGUGGAAGAGAUUAAUGGUUUAAAAACUGAACGAUUCGAAUAAGUCAUUGAUAAAUUCAACGAGAAAGAGAGCGAAAGAUAAUUAAUAUUAAUAACCCGGAUUAAAGAAGAAAAUGAAUAUUUCGUUUUUCCAAGUAUUCCAUCACGUGGCGAUUUAAACGUGUAGCUAAUGUAAUAUUAUAUCGAACCGAAUCAAAGAAAUGACGAAGUUUAAGUGACGUUUUUCUCGGAGCUGUAGAAAGACAAUUUCUUGUGAUAAUAAUAUUGAAUUUAGAUUAAAAACACUUAGGGUCUCUUUUUGUGAAUCAAUCUUACGGACAUUUCAAGUGUGGGGACGCCAGAGGGGUGUCAUAAUUAGAAUAAAGAGGCUACGGGAAAGAUGAGUGUGGAGGGUAGCAGUCGCCUUUCUAUAUCACCCCGGGGGAAUAACGGCGCAUAAAUGGAAUUUAAAAAAACACGAAAAAAAAACAAAAAAAUACUACAAUAACCUAGGUGUAACUUAUUGCGUUUUGCCGCGCACGCAGUCCCCCCUUGAUAGAUACACACGUAACAUAAUGAAUAAAUAUAUAGAGUUUAAUUUUAGUACCAAUAGCAAAAAAGAUAAUUCACAAUUUUCAAUAAUAUAUAUGUAAAUAUAUAUAUUUAUGAAGAGCUGUUAGCCUACCAUACGUAUUGUUUAAGCCGAUUAUCAAUAGUCCGGGAGGAGGGGAGGGGGGGGGGAUAAUAGGAGUGGUUUAUCGCUGAAUUACCAAUUACGUGGUCCACAGAGUUAUUAAUUAAUCUCCCAAAAAUUUCAUUUGAAAAUUUCGAGAAUCACAAAAUCCGAAGACUCAACUCGUUGGAGCAAACGAUCACAUCGUUGACAUCGCUCUUUCUCUUUCUCUAUUCAUAGGAGAAAGUUUAAACGAUUGUAAUGAUAAUUGAAGUGCAUCGAAUUUAUCGCACAACCUUUACUGCUCGUCCAUUAAUCUUUAAGAAUCAAUGUCCUUCCUGUUGUCAAUGUCCGCUUGCUCUCUCUGUCUCUCUCUUUUUCCUCCCUCCAUUUCUUUAUUUCCAAGUUAACUUCGAUUUUAUUUCGCUCUUAGGAUUACAGCACUGAGCUUUUUAUGUAUUUUUGGAAGACAAGAAAAAAUAACGUGCCUGCCCCCCCCCCCCCUUCUGUGAAACCGCAAAAAUAAAUUCUCAACAACGAUGCGGAUACAAUCAUGACAAGAAGAUAUUUUAAUGUUAGAGAACAUUUGUUCAUUUUUAUUCUGAUGAUAACGUUUGUUAUUAAUCUCGAGAAAGAGCGAUUUACGAUCAUUCAUAUGCUUGACGAGUCCCUUAUUUUCAUCUCGAUACCAAAAAUAAAAUUGAACUGUUGAGUGAACUUUUAUUCUCAUUGAAGGUGGAAGUGAUUAAUUGAGGUAGAUCGCGAGAAUCACGACAGCGAGACAAAAUUAUAAUACGAAGUGAUUAAAACUCAAGAGCCUCGGUCGUAUCGCGGACGGGUUAUAUGCGUUUUUAUUUAUUUAUUUUCUUUCUUGGAACAAUCCCGACGGAACAGAACGAUUAUUUUCUAGUACAUUAGGAUUACGAUAAGGAAAAAACACCUGCAAUGUGAUAUUCUCGUGUCUUGUCCGACGAGAGACGUUGUUCUAAGGAUAUAGUUGACAUUUGCGUGUAAUUUUAGGGGAAAAAUGAAUUGAAAAUUGAAAAAAACAUCAAUUAAUUGUAAUAAUCAGCAGAUGAAGACGAUCACGCCUCUCUUCGCGGGAGGAAGUGAUGUAGGUCAUAAGGGAAAAAAGAAAACAAAAAAAAAUUAAUAAAAUAUGAGAAACAAACAAAAAAAAUAAUGUUCGAAAGGUGCGAGUAUGUGAUAAGACUUUCUCGGGAGUGAUAAGGCGUGAGUGUGUGAACGGUUGACGUUUGUUAUACAUUAAGGAAGUAUCAUUGUCGUGGCUCAAAGAUGAAUAUUGCGGUUUUCCCCCUCAUAUAAUACAUCUAUUCCCCCUUCUACAUAUAUUUUUUGUUGCUCUUUAUCUCCGAUUGUAGGUUUUUUGGUUAAAAAAAACGAGUGUCUUAUAUUAUUACUAUUAUUAAUUAUAAAUUAUUAUUAUUAUAUAUUAUAUUUUUUGGUGUACCGGGUAUUUCUUCCGGCGAAUUUCAUUAGUGUCGCCUUCGAUAGUCUGUAGGAUCUGAUUUUCUAUGCCAUUUUAGUUAGUAAGGGUUUUUUUGCUAUUUUGGUUUUAACAUUUUUUUUUAUCAUUAUUAUGUAGCGUUACGUUUGAAGAAAAUUAAUUAGCAGUCGGAGAAAUCUGACAUCGCCAUUAUUGACCUCUUUCGACGAAACUUUACAAAGUCACAAAUCAUUAUUUUAUUUUUCUCCUCCUUGUUGACUAUUAUUUUUUUAUAAUUUAAUUGGCUGAAUAAAUUCCCCACCGCUUUUUCAACACAUUGAAUGUCGGAUUAUUCUCAUGAUCAAAGUCAAUGUAUCUGGUUCGCUCGGCGAGGUGCGCGCAAAUUAUUUCAAUGUGCACAAAAGAGGGUAGAGAAAGAUAAAAGCCCAGAUGAAGUAAUAUUUUAUUUUGUAAAGAAUUGUUUCGGCCAAAUAUAAAUCUGCUCACUAAAACAAAUGCAUUUAGUUUAGAAUUAAGAGAUGAGAAAAUACAUCAAAGUCACAAUUGGCACUUGAUAUUCUUGGAUUUAAGUUUAUUUCUCGUGAGUAAUGAAUCCAAAAGAGGCUAUUCUACUAAUUAUUCCUUGUCGAUAAUUCCUUAAUUUAUUCGAAAAAAAAAGAGUCAAGUAAAAGGUGUGACUAUUGUCGAAUCGGCCGUUAAGUCUCGUACCUGAAAAACAAAUUGAGAAUUCAAAUGUCUGUAGGUGUCGAAUUCUUACCAAUUUCAUUCUCAAUUCCGUUAGCUGUCGGUAUGGAGUCGGACUAGUCGAGCAGUGUGAAGGAAGAAUAAAAAUCUAUCCACAAAAUCAUUAGUAAAAAAAAUCAUGAAUCAUUGCACACGGUUCCCCACGGCACGCGGAUUGCGCUUCGUUCCUAGUAAUACUUUUGCCUAUAAUUUAAUCUCUGAAGCUCUGCAUUAAGCCUAAAAAAAUCACAACCAAUGAAUUAUAAAUGCAGGGCGGGUCGGUUCGCGUUAACGUUCACUAUUAACGCCAGUAUCAAUCUGUGAUCUUCUUGACGAUCCAUACGUUUUAGCAUCGUGAGCUUCUGAGAACGCUAAAUUCAUUAAUUAAUCUCUUAAAUUACUAAAUAUAAUAUCAUUGAGAGAACAAAUCCCUCGUAAAUCGCACUUAUUCCACAGCUCGAAGAUAAAGCGAAUGAAAGGAACAAUGAUUGAGCAAAUAGAAGAAACUAUAUCAAAAGUAAAUGUAGCAGCUGCACUAUUAAUAAAUAGGGUUUAAUCUUUGUUUGAGUUUAAAACACAACUGUCAUCGCUGUCACAACUAUCGCUGUAAUAGCCAUUGUCCGCUCCUACCCAAUAAUUCAAAAAAAUUGUUGAAUUGAAGAAAAAAAUCCUAUCAAUUUAUUGUUGCAUACCACUAUGAUUAUCGUUAAUUGUUAUAUCAACAAUCUACUACUCGAAGCGAUAUUUAAAUAACUGAAUUUAUGGUGAAACGUAUUUGUAAUAUACUCGUAAAGCAAAAAGCCUUAUAUGUAUCUCAAUAUUUUUUUUUUAUUUUCAAUUUUUAUCAUCUAUUAGUUAUUCUUGUUUCUCGUUGUAAUCAUUCGAUUUAUUUAAUAUUGAAAACAAAAAAAAGUGAAUAUGUUACAAAUGUGGAUUUUGAGGAAGUAAACAGAAAGGGAUCUCGUAUUUUACUCGAUCAACGAUUCAUCCAUUUCCAUAGUGGAUUAAGAAUUCGUGAUGAAAGCAAUUAUUAAAUGAAUAAAUAUGAAAAGAAACUGAAAAAAUACGGAGCGUUUCUCUGAGAGCGAGUAUUCAUUCGAAUCUACCUCGAAAGUUUUUUUCCUCGUCGAGGCUGUUCAAUUAUAGGACUUGUUUUUCUUUUUUCAAUUCCAUUAUAUUUUUUUCUGUCUAAAGCAGGCGUUCAAUGAGGCACACUGCAUUCUGUGAUUAAUAAAAAUGAGAGAAAAAUCAAGAAUAAUCACCUGAAGUCGAUGAAUUUCUUCUUGAUAUAGUCACAAUGAUUUUGUGAAUGAGAUAAUUCUCUCAUUUUUAUCAAUUGCACAAUCCACUGAAUGGAUAUUCCUGGAUUUAAUUCUGCUGUGUGAUCGAUGGGUUUGAUGGAAUCAAUCAUUUAGUGCCACAUUAAUUGAAAGAAAUAACUAUGAGCCUUGCAUUAGGGUACGUCGACUAGUCGGAUUAAACGGUUGUCACUUAUUUAAAAAAACAAGUACAGAAUGUCAUUGAUUUUUUUUGUUUUUUCAUUGUUUCGUUAUUAAUUAGUUGUAUGACCGACGGCCGAUUGAUUCAGUUCAAAUUAAGUAUUACACGUGUGAGAUACAACCUAAUUAAACAGAUGAAGGAGAAAAUAUAUAUGUGGACAUAAAAAAUAAUGAUGAAAAUGUAAAGAGAGCGAAAGAGAUAAGUGUGGAUGCGCAUGCAUAUUAGAUAUUAAGUGUAAACAACACACAUGUAAGGGUAUUUAUUUAUAGACAAGGAGAAAUGUGACAAUUUAAUAUCGGUAAUGAUAAGCAUUGAAAACAAAAAAAGCAAAAAAAUAAUACUAAUGAUACAGUUUAUAAAUAAAUUAUAACAUGAAAAAAAAGUUACAGAUUAAUCUAUCACUGAUUGAAGGGAAAAACAAAUUUGUAAUGAGAAAUUCAAGUGUUCAUCCAUCGUGCGAGUGCAACAGAUGCAUACACAACACGUAAACAAACACCUUUUGCUUCGCACCCUCAGAAACUAUGUCUCACUCUACAUAUAAUUUUGGAAAACAAUAAUUUCACAUUAUUACUCCUUUACUCUCAUUUGCGUGACGAGGCUCUACACUUACGUCCGUUAAUAGUAUUCAAAAAACGAUGACUAAGAUUUAAUGAGGAUAAUUAGGCCGUUUGGUGAUUUUCCAAGGGGCGAAGCGUGUUCAUUCCAGUCGAGCGUUAACGUUUAACACUCAAAAGUGAAAGAAAAAUUAAUUAAAUGUGAGAUAACAAGCGUGCGACAUGAUAAUAAGCCCCAGUUAUAUUAACGGCGCAUAGCCGAAGAAAUUGAAAGAUCAAUUUGUCUCCACACAUCUCAUAUUGACGUAUCAAUGUGCAUCAACAAUUGUUUGAUGUACAGUAUGUCUGUACGUAUCAGUACGUAUUUAUCAAAAAAUACUAGAACGACGAAUAAAUUGAUUUUUCAAUUUGCAAACUCAAUGUUUCGAUAGAUUGUCGAGAAUUAGCGAGAUGAUUUACGGCGACCGAGGGCGGGGGGGUCAGAGAAAUGGACAAAAAUAAGAGAUAAAAAUCGAGAAGAAGGAGAUAGGGAACUCUCAUCGCAUAAUCCUUCUCAUCACUGCUCAUUCGAAGCCAAAAAAUAAAGCAAAAAAUAAUGAAAAAAAUGCCUACGAGGGAUCAAUGUAAUUUGAAAAAAAUAAUAAUAAUAAUAAUAUCAAUAAGAACAUAUUUUUAGAGUAUAUUCUAACACGGAGGAUCUUUCAUAAAUGCGUGGUAAUUACAGUGGGCUUACUACUUAAAUGUCGUCCCUGUUAUCCUAGAAUAAACUGAGAAAAUAAAUAAAAAUAAUUGAAAAAAAAAAUGCAGACGCAAUUGCCGUUCGAUCUCUACGGGCCAUUUAUUUUAUUUCACUCUACUCUCGCUUGCUUUCAGUGUCAAUCGACGUUACAUAUACAUUCUUUAACGUCAUAAAUAAUACAAGGAUAAUAUAAUGUAUAACUUGCACAGGAUGAGGGAUGUUAUUCGCCUGAAAUCCCCAUGAUGGUAAUUAGGUAGGAAAAAUCAGUCGAUUAUAAGACGACAUUAACGAGUCUAAAAAGUAAUUCUAUUUAAUUAAUGGUAUAUCAAAUGUAUGAAUAUUAAAUAUCUAUACUGCUACUUAUCGUAAUGAAAAAAAAACGAAGCCCAAAAGAGCACGAUUAUUUUCAGCGUAUUGAGGACUCCCAGGUCUUAUCCACAUUACUCCCUUUUCAUUUUUUCCUCUGUCAUAGGUUCUAACCGAUUUAAAUAAUCAUAUAAUGGGGUAAAUAAAAGAACGAAUCAUAUUCAUUGAAUGUCCACAAGGCUCCUAGGUUAGCUGUCGUAAUAAGUGGAUCAGAAGGAAAAAGUGAAAAGCGUAAAAAAACAUUUAAAUUUAACAAAAUGUGUGACGCUGUGUUUUUUUUUCGUGGAGGCGUUUCUCUGUUGCUCGUGACUAAGCAAAGAAUUUAUUAAGUAAAUGAAUGAAAUUGUCAUUGACUCUUCCAUUAAUUAGAGUCCAAUUUCGGACAUUGAAGCACAAAUGAAAUAAGUUUUUAAUUAUAAAAUUGAAAAGAUGAAUUUGAGGGGAAUGGUGAAACUCAAUUGCUCCGAUAUACGCUUAAUUGUGUUGCCAAUCGUAUUGUUAUGAGACAUUUUUAUUCAUUAGCUAAUGGAUUAAUGUAAUUUCAGUGAAUUAUUUUUCAUGUGGAUUUCUUUGCGCUAUUUAGCAUUGGAAUAAUUAUUAUGUCUUGCUGUGGUUCAAUAGUUUUUUCUCUGAGUAGCUAUUUCACGUGUCAAAUUAGCUUUAUUUGUUCCUCCCACGAAUUUAAUGAGAGAUCAACUUCAUAAAAACUUGAUCAUUAAAGACCAAAAAAGUAAAAAGAACAGUGAAAUAAAAAUUUUCGAUCGUUUACGUAGAAAAAAAUUUAAUGGAAUUUUAUGAUUGAAGUCGGCCAUUUGCAUUGAAUUUUUUUGUACGUCUCCAUAAAGAUCAAAUGAAAGUACUAAUAAUCUCCGGGUAACAUCCGGCCAGUAAUGCACGUAAUUGACCAAUAAACAAUUUCAAGACAAAACGAUGUGACAAAUUACCGUGCAAAAAUGAAUGGAGCGGGGAGGAGAGUAAUCGAAAAACCAAAAGAUGCGUUACGAGAACACUUCGUAAAUUCCAUGUUUCAGUGCCUAAUACACGAUAGUCUGUAAUUCUUCUAAUCAGCGGUGAAUCAGUACGUUGAAGCCCACGAGAAAUAAAAACAUUUUUUGAAUUUUUUCCUCGAAGAAGAGAGUUGCAGUAACAAAUCCGCGAAAUUAGCAUCUUCCAAAUGAAAACUGAUUAGCUUUUCCCAUCAUUCGGAUCGAUUAGCGAAAGGAGUCAGAUGCCUGGCACGCCUGAAUCUAGUCCUAGGAGAAAAACAAGAAAAUAAUUAUUUAAAUUAACUAAAAAUAAAUUCCAGGUAAUGUGAAACAAAAGGAAAAUUGAAAAAAUGAAAGCGAUGAUUCUGUGAGUGAUGAUAAACGAUUAAUUAGAUUAGUAUAGAUAUGAACAAGUGCCCUUACAUCAAGUCUCCCCAGCCCAUUAAUAAUUCCUGACGCGUAAUGAAUUCAACCGAGUCCCUCCGAGGCAAUCCGAAGGCUCUCUAUCCCUUCCUCUUUCCAGGAGCAAAUUUAAUAGGAGUCCCCUCUUUCCAUUGAUUUUUUCCUGUUUUACAAAAACAUUUGACAUUAAUCAAAAGUGAGACAGCUCGUUCGGAGGACUAUAAUUUCAGUAAAAUAUCGUGGGACGCUGUUGUUACAAUAAUUCUUUAAAUAAAACGUAUUAAACGGGGGUUUACUUAUGGGCGAGCAAAAUUACCAAUUAACUCUAAAAAAAAGAAUGGAAGAACGUGUCACGGGGCCCUCCCCCUCAGUCAUACACAGCGCGAUGUAAAAUCGAUUGAAUUGAAACCAUGAGACAAUGAAAACGAGGAAAAACAAACGAUGCUAAUGAGAAAGAAAAAUGAAACACAGUGUUGUAUGACAUACAUAUAAUAAAGUGAAAAAAAAUGAAUUUAUUUAUACAAAAAAAAAUAACGAUAAUAUAAAAAGUAUAUUUAACCGAUGAUCUAUUGAAUAAUUAAUUAUUGAAUAUUAUUACUGUGAGUAUAAUAUUAUGCCAAUUAAAUAAACGCGAGUAUUAACAAUUAUUAAACAACAAAAAAGUAAAGUAUCUCCUAAGUUUAAUAAAAAAAAAACACUCUCAAUAGGGAGUCUCUAUGUGAACUGUGUUGUGAGCACUAGGCUAUUUCUCUUUUGUAGUUAACUAGAUUUUUAACGACAUAGAAAUUAAAAUUUUUGCGCUGACAAGUGGUAAAUACGUGCGUACGUGGACGGUAUUCAAUGGCUAAAAACGAAUGAAUUAAAAUUAAUGAAAUGAUGCCACACGUCCAUGUACGUACUAUUUUAUUAUUUAUACGUUUUAAUAUAAGUUUAUUGAUUAUCAAACACGUGAAGAGCAUAAAUAUCCUCGCAUAAACGUAACACGUGUCUUAGAAGUAAUCAUGGACAAUUUUGAAAAAAAAAAAAAAAACAAGAAAAAUAAACAUUGAGAACACGUGGUGCCAAGUGGAGCUCGGAGAUGAAUUCGAUGAUUUUUAACUGAAUACGUUCCAGAAAAACUGUUAUCUCAAUUUGUUCCGGAGGGGCAAUAUCUAUUUUCAACUGUUCCAGUGACAAUCCUCUCGGUAUUAAAAUGAAAAAUUUGAUUUUCGUCUGGUUGUUGUAACGCAUUGCGUUGGAUUCUAGAAUUAUUAAAAUUCACUCGACACGUCUGAACUAAGUUUUAACUGGUCAAUACCCGCGCGCUCGCCAAAUGCUCAUUAAACUCGGAGGACCUUAAAUUUAAGACUGUUCAUUUUUAAGCCAUAGAACUGAUAUUAAAGAUGAGAGAGGGAUGAUGAGUGUGAAUGAUCCCGGGGGAGGAUGAGUUAUGGAAUAUGUUGUGGUUGUUUCAAUCGAGUCAAUGCAAAUAUAACGUUUUACACGAACGAGGGAUUCUCUAUACUUAAAGCGGAUGGUUAAAAGCAUACAUAGUUAACGAGAAUAUAUAUAUAUAUAUAUUUUUAUUUACUUGAUGUAUAAGAGUGGGUGAUUAUCGGGGGGUGAGGAAACUACAGAGGGACAGAGAGAGAGGGGGCUAGUAUUUUGUGUGCUUCUUAUUAUUUUUUUUUUUUUGUCAUAUCAUGUCUUCAUAGGAAGAGCAUAUUCAUUGCAGAAUUGAAUUUAUAAAUAAUUAAUAAAUUUUCUCUUGGUAACAAAACACCCACUCGCCUUUCGGUGGAACACCAAUUUCUCGUGCAAUCGUAGGAUUAAUGAUAUCUUUAGCUUUUAAACGACAUAAAACUCUCUUUAGGCUGUACUAUUUGUCGCGUGGGUUGUCCCUCAAUUGCUCGACUCAAAUUGAGAAUAAAUUGUUUUCAUUUUUGGGAGGAGAUAAUUGAGAUCUCAAUGCCCCUUCCCAUUAGUUUGGACGCGAUCGUAAUAGUUUUUUUUUUAAAUAGUUUUUUCCCAGUUUGGUUCAUGAGGAUUUUAGUCUUGCGGUGGAACAGUUGAAAACGGCUGAUGAUGAACGAUAAUUAUGUGGUAAUGCUCUCCAGAACACUUUAAAACAUGGCCUUAAUAUACUUAUCAUAGACAUAUUAUAAUUCGUACGUAAUUUUUACGUCUAGCUGACUGUAAAAAAUGAUGAAAAUGUCGUUUAUCCAUCGAUUGAUUAUGGCGUUGAAAUUGAAAGAAAUUUUAACUAAUUUAAUGCCGAUAAAAAUUGAUGAAAACGGUAUUGUUGUCAUCAACAGAAUAUGAACAUAAAAGGGAAUCUGAAAAUUUAAAAAAUUCUUGACAAAGAAAGUCCAAAAAUGCAGCGAGCAUUGAUAAUCUCAAAAAUAUCAGUAUAUCAUUAACAAUUAUUGUCCUGCGUAAGUGAAUAUUGUAUUUUAAAUCCCAAUGAUUUAUUAUGUUAAUUUGAGAAUGUUUUUUUCGAGUGGAAUGAUGAUCGGGUCGCACUCAUGUACAUUCACAAUUAUUUUCCAAGUAAAAAACCACUCACACUGAAACACCAUAGAGUAAAAAUGAAAACUGCAUACAGUUGUGUCUGCGCAAAGGCUGUGCGCAUUUUUUUAUUAUUAUUUAAAAACUGAGGGUUCAGCCGCUCAAGAGGAUCUGCUCAGUGUGAUUAUCAAGUCUAAAAUCGAGCAAAAUUAUUGACCAUAUUGAUGGGAGAGAGGAUUAACUUUAAGAAAACAAAGAACAUAAGAGUUAACAACGAAAAAACAUAUCGCAAAGAGCAGAUGUCCUCGCGAUCGCCUGUAACGUUUCCCCAAAAUGUCUUUAUUUUCCUUCAUUUCCUCCUUAAAAAGAAAGAAAAAAAAAAAACAAGAGUAUCAAGCAGCUGUACCUAAGUAGUGUAACGAUACCUAUUUCAUUAUUAUUAUUAUUGCUCUAUUAUUGCUAAUACAUUAUUAUGAAUUAUUAUUAUUAUUAUUAUUAUUAUUAUUAUUAUUAUUAUAUAUAUUAUGAGAUGAAUAAAAAGAAGAUGAAAAAUGAAUGAAAAUGUACACCAGGGUACAAGAAAA